AUGUUCUCCUUGUCCGAGGGCAAGACUGAGUUCCAUAACCACGUUACCAAGGCGUCAUUGCCUCUCACGCCGCCGGAGGACCCCGUUGCUGCGCUCAAGGCUCUUGGAGAGACCGUGGAAGAUGACAUCUUUUUGCUCGUUGAGACACCAGAGGGCCAUCGUUGCGUGGCGUUCGUCUGCUGCCAUCCCGCUGGAUUCGACCCGUCCAAUAAGCUCGGGAAGCUGAUGAAGGACAUUCACACUCCGGUGCCGUCAUAUGAGAAGAUUGGUGCAAGUAUGGAGCGUUUCUUCUCUCGAUUGCAAGUCGGGAAGAGCGUCAAGCGAAUGAACUGGUCUGUUUCUACGCACGAGAACCUCUUCAGUCCAAGCAACUUGCACAUCUACGAAGGCGACAAGACGGAAGAGGACGAGGAUGUCGAUAUUUCAAAGAAGAGGUGA